UGGGACGAGAAUCCUUAUUAAAAUCAUUGAUAUAGUUCUAAAAUAUGGAACAUUCCCUUAAGAUCUAUUAAUAUCAUCUAGAAGAAUUUAUCCACGUGGGAGCGUUUAAGCAUUUAUGAAGUUGAAUGAGAAAUUACCAGUAAUUAGUUCUCUGGAUGAAAAGAUCUCCGAUGAGGGUUGAAGGUUGUCAGGUAUCCUGCUGGGACGGAUACGGGUAUAUCAAGGUACCAUCAUUAGCUGCGGAUUCAUUCAGACUACAGUUCUCAAAGGACUUCAUUGCUCUGCUUAACCAUGGACAACGAACGGGAAAUGUUAUCUAUUAUUUUGUUACUAUUAGCCCUUGUUAAUAUUUCAAAUGGGUUUCUGGUUUGGGAUAAUUCAGCUCAAAGCAAAAGAAACAGUGGAAUGCCUGAAGUGUGCAGGGGUAGAUAUGAUGCCGCAAUAUUUACCCAGUUAGAAAAUAUCUGUGAAGAUUGUUAUAAUCUUUAUAAAGAACCAGAUGUUCAUCAGCUGUGCAGGUCUGAAUGCUUUGGUUCCAGUUUCUUCAAGCAGUGCCUGGAGGCCCUGCUCAUGGUUGAAGAUGAAUAUGUAAACAUGGCGGAAAUUAUUGGAAAAUAGAACUUUUAGCUUUAAUUAUCAUGGCAGGGUAUAGAUAAUUAGUAAUUGUGUGAUAUCGUUUUAGAAACUUUCAAUGCAAAUAGUUACAAGUGAACAUUAUGCAAACUGCAGCCUGUUCAAUGCUUAUUGUUAUAGUUAGUAUGGACCAAACUUCAAAAUGUACAAAAUAUUAAAUUUAAAGAGUUACAGUAUAUUUUUAAGCCAGAGAAUAAAAUUAAUGUUCGUUCGGGAUUUUCUUACUUUUAAAGUAAAAUUUUUGUUUUUUAAAUUGAUGCUAAUGGAGCCUCUUUCGUUCGUCCAUUUGAAGAGUUUAUGCAUUUUUAACUAAACCUUUUAAUUUUCUGUGCUAAAAGUAACAACUAUUAUGCAAAAUUAUUCAUUCCAUUCCAUUGAUAACAGUAAACCUAAUUUAAAGAGACCCUUAAUGUCCGAUUAACAAUGGUAACCAUUAAACCUUUGGCUGAUCAAGGAUUAACAACGGUAUCCUUUAAACCUUUGUCUGAUCAAGGAUUCACAACGGUAACCAUUAAACCUUUGUCUGAUCAAGGAUUCACAACGGUAACCUUUAAACUUAGCUUUUAAGCAAGGAUCACAUAUAUAUUCUUAUUUAUAAAUGAACAAGUAUUGCGCGCGGGAAAAACGCGAGUGUACACUAGCAUAGAGUCUAAAUUGUAACCUCAGGUCUGCGCUUAAUCUUUAGAAUAGAAAAAAGGCUUUAAGUUUGCCGUUGUGGAUCGGACAUGCAGCCACACUUUGAUUGAAAAUUCACUUUAAAUUACGUCUGUAGUCCCUUUAAUGCUUCCUAUUAGUGACACACAAAAUUGUGAUUAUAAAUCCCUCUUAUACUUUCCACUCUGUUCCUUAAAAAACGCUUAGGCAAACAUUCUUUUAAAUAUAUGCAAUGGACCUCUGUUCCCUUUUAAUUUAUACUUUAUUCUUUUCCAGAUUUGUUUUGAUCUAAAAUCAAUCUCGUUACUGACCAGAAGUUGUAAUCGAUCCAUGCUCCCAUACGGGUCAAUUACAACUACUCAGACCGUUCUUUUAAUCUAUUAAUGUAUGAACCAUCCGUUCCAUUGUUUUUCAUUAUAUAUAAACCAGUUCUUUUUACUGUUACUUGUUAGACAAUAAUAAUGUUUCAUCUUUAAUAAAGGCA